GUGGCGGAAGAGACCAAGGCCGAAGGGGAAGUAAUUGGGCUGUUGGAUUCUUUCGCCCGUAUUUGUCUCUGUCCUUGCGUCGCUUCGGUGGUGGUGCUACUAUUCUUCGCCUCCCUUCCUCCUUCCCUCCCUCCCUCCCUCCUUCUUCUUCUGGGAAUUUGCAGAGCGAGGAAGGAAAAUACUGAUUACGAUAAUCGAGAGUGAGAAGGAAGAUUGAGAACAAACAGUUUUUUUUUUUUGGGUAAUUUCUUCGAGUUUUUCUUGCUUUUUGGUGCUCAGCCUUCCCCUAAUUUGAGGGGUUUUUGUUUCGUGGCGGAGGGGAAACUUACAAUAGAGGAAAAUAGGGUUCUUUUUGGGGGAACUGUCGAAAUUGGUUUCCUUUAAGGAAUCGAAGAAAAACGAAAGAAGGUUGCCAAAAGGGGGAUUUGAUGGGUUUUUUCUCGCUUUUUCUUGAGAAAAUUUGGAGUUCUGUGGGCUGUUGAUUGCAACCGAGGCGAAUCGGUGGAGAAUUCGGUUCUUUUCGUGAUUUUCUUGGAACAUUUCCUCUUUUUUGCUGGAUUUCGGUGGUGUUUUGGAUAAUCUAGGAAGAUAGGAACUGAUCCAUUCAGCGGGGACAUUGAUACCCAUUUGAGUUUACCGAUCACAGAUCGGUGCUCGCGUCGAAGAUUCGACCUCGAGAACCGAUCAAGCAGAGUCGAGUUUCAUUUCCGAUCACUUCGCCCUUUGAUCGUUGGAGCCGCCUCUCGCCGCCAUGGCGAGCUCGUCCGGGCCGCUCGAUUACUGGAGAAAGUUCUUCCGCAGUGCCAAUUCGGAUAUAUUCGAGGUGAUGGAGCACGCAAUCCUCGUCGCGGCCUCUGAUUACCCCCAGGAGUUCAGGAGCAGGAGGGAUCAGAUAGUAGAGAAGCUGUUCGCCGUGCUGCUGCCGCGAUGCUUCGGGUGCGAUCGCGUUGCCGAGGGGGAGGAGGGUGAUCGCAGCGUUAAGAGGGACGGGGAAAAGGAGAGCAAGGUGGACAGUAGCAAUGACGGGCCUGAGGACUUGAACCGGAUCGUGAGCAAUUACAGCUUUGACGAGGCGGAGGCACUCACCGAGGAGAUUGAAGAAGAGAGCCAAAUCGUUGGGGAGGUUCUCAGGAUUAAGGAGAUCUUUGCCAACCACCAUGAUGAGUCUGAUAGUGUAUUGUUCGAGUCAUUGAGGAGGCUGCAGUUGAUGGAGCUUUCUGUCGAAGUACUGAAGGCAACUGAAAUUGGAAAGGCAGUUAACGGUCUGCGAAGACACAGCUCAAAGCCAAUUCGCCACCUUGUCCGCACUCUUAUUGAGGGUUGGAAGCUUUUGGUAGAUGAAUGGGUGAGGGCUACAGCGGCCAUUGCAGAUGAUAAAUCUCCGGAGUCUGUAAAUCCUCCCAUGGAAGAUGAGGAAGGGCUUCCUUCUCCGCCCUUGGAUGAGGGAGCUUUGUUUGCCACACAAACUGCUUCCAUCCAGCUCUCUGAGUUCUUCGACGAAAUGGAUGAUGAUGGAAAUUUUAGAAAUAAUAUGGACGUCGAGAAGCAGCGAGGAAAUGGGUUGCCUACGGUACAUGAUGUACCACAGAGGAAAAUACAGCCUCUAGAUCAAUCUUUAAUGCCAAAAGAGAAGCCGGAGACAAGGAGGCAAGAGCUGCGAGAGUUGGCUGUUCCAGAAGGGAUGGAAGUGAUAAGGAGGAAAGAACCACCGCAUUCAGCUAUUCCAGAAGAGUUAAAACAGAUGAGGCUGCAGGCUCCAGUAAUGAGACGAAUGAAGCAACAGGAUCCCUUGAUAUGCCAAUCCAAGAAUGAGGGUAUCUUGAACAAACAAAGCAAGCCAGUGAUUCCCGAUUCUGGGCCUGGCAGACCACCAAAGCUAGUACGCACUCUAAAAGCUGGCGGUGAGAUGAAGCCUAAGCAGCAUCAAGAUGAUGCCGGACCUCGGAGAAAGCAGUUGGCAACCACACAAGAUAAAACAAAAUUCUCAGAGGAAGUCUCCAUAAGAACUAAGCUAGAACUGGCGAAAAGGAAGCUUCAUGAAGGCUACCAGCAGGCAGAAAAUGCGAAGAAGCAGCGAACUAUACAAGUAAUGGAGCUGCAUGAUCUGCCGGCACAACGGCACAAUAAACAUCCUGUUCCAAAAUCCAGAAACAACAUCAGGAAUUGGGCAAAUGGUCGGCGAUAGUUGUGUUUAUUCUGCAAGUGGAUUGACUACUUACCUCUGUGGAAUUUCCUGUUUCUUUACAUCGAAAGCACACAAGCCAUCCGAGCUUAGUACCGAGGAUUUGACAGAAGUUUUUAUUCUUCUGCUUGUUCUUAAUGGAGAUUUAGACAGUUUGACUUCAUACUGCUACCAUACCUGGUGAGAGCGGUGACAAGUUCUUCAAAUGUAAUUAUGAAGCCUGAAGACUUCAACGAGUUCCAGCAUGGCUGAACAUUUAAAUCAUUGGUUCUUUUAAGAUGAAUAAGUAGACAUCCAGCAUCAAUUAUUCUUCUCCA